AUGUCGCGCGACGGCGAACGCGAGCGUUUACUCGCCGUUCCAUCUACGUCGUCCGCUGUCGCGACGGACGACGAGCGAUACAGAACGGACGCGAGCGCGAGCGCGAGCACGGACGAGUCGCUCGCGUCGUCCUGGUCCCUGCGCACGCGUCGAUCGCGCUCGAGUCUCGCGCUCGCGGUGACGGCAUCGAUCAUUUUCGCGAUCGCGUGUGGCUUCGCGUCGCACGGGACGUCGAGUGCGCGUCGUGGGCGAGACGCCGCGCGCGUGACGGCGCUGGGUGUUGGCCCGGACGGCGACGCGGUUGACGUUUUAGACGUCGAUGAGUUCGAGGCGAUGGACGAGUACUUGGCGGAUUUAGGGCUUCAUGGGCACGGUCGACGUCGGGAGCGCGUGCGGGAACGGAUGUUCGAGCGCGGGGACGGAGCAGCUAGCGCGUUUGCAGGUUGGAUGGAGCGCGAAAGGGGCGAGGCGGAGGAAAAGGCGAGAGCGGUGAUGCCGAACGAUGACGUGGUGUGGAUGGUACGAACGGCCGAGACGUGUAAUGCGGCGAUGGAUUCCGAGGGGAAGUGGGUCCCACGCACGACGGAGGAGCGUCUGGACUUGGAUUGGUUCCACACGUCCGCUGUGGAGCGCGUUAGAGAGCAUGGCGAGCAAACGUCUUCGAGGCUGAGGCACUCGCCCGCGCACAGAGAAGGUAUGAAGUUCAACGCGUGUCCAAAUAUAGUGCACGUGGGCGCGGAGUACACAAGCGACGCAUGGCCGUCGCUCGUACGCCAGCUGGGUUAUGCGCAAGGCUUACGCGGUGCAACUUCGUCCGCCGCGGAGACGUUGGAGCAGGUGAGCAAGAAUCCACGCGGCCCAAAUUUCGUUCUCGCGGGGCGUGACGUGCCGAGCUUUUCCGCGUUGAUGCGUGUUUUUAACAACGUCAAAGGGCACGACGGGAGGACUUUGGCUCGUUCGCAAUCAAUGAUGAUGGUGGCAAGCGUGCGAGACCCGUUGGAGCGAGCGAUCGAGGCGUAUCUUCAAUAUGGCGUCGCUCAGCGCGGCUGGACGCCAACCGUUGAAAAUUUCGAUGCUUUCAUGUUCGGUGAAUACGGGCGUCCGGCGCACGUCAUGAACAUUCAGUUCAAAAUACUUGCGGCGAAUAAAUUAGUGAAUAGGACACUCAGCGCCAAAUCAGAGUUAGGCAGAGACAUUACAGACGAGGAGAUCGUGAGCGUGUUGGAUGCGUACGAUAUAGUUUCCACGCCUGAGUACGAGCUAGCGGCCCAGCUCUUCUUGAAGCACAUGCUGUAUCACGUUGUGUCGGUGAGACAGCUUUUGUCGGCGCCGGAAGUCGGCUAUGCGAAACUCGACCCGUUCGGCUUCAAAAGAUUUCGCGUCGACGACGUGGCAACCGUCUUGCCGAGGGCCAUAUUGGAUCACAUCAAGAAUGCGACAUUUGUGAAAAGGUUCAACAGACUGAAUGCGUUGGAUCGAAAACUUCAUGAAGGCGCAAAGGCACGCUUGCUUCGAAUGUGGAGCGAACACAGAGUUGUGGGUGAUUACGUUGAGUGGCGCGAUAUCGUGCGACAGUGGGUCUUCCCGAGACUCGAACUCACAAGUGGGUAUAGAAAUGCGAGCGAACUAUCGCACAGUAACCCGCGCGUGGCGAAGAACUGUCCCGUUCAUGAUGAAAAGAAUUGUUCACUGGCGUUUGAACGUGACGCGCCCGCAAUCCUGGACGAUGAGAAGCUUCGACACGCGGAUGAGGGCUGUCUGUUUGAGAAUCAAGGCUGUUUCGCUCGCGAGAUGAAUAAUCUCGGACUGGAUCAUUACAAGAUUACUCGCGAUGGGCGAGGGAAGACACGGUUGACGAUGCAACAUACCGAGCGCUUGUACGGGAUCGAGCAAGUGGCAAAGUGUGCGGAAGAAGCGUUUGUGUCAAAUAUACGCUUCUGUCACGCAAACGAGUCGACAUUUGGAUCGGGAAUCGUGGGUCCGACCAUGGCGGCGAUGUCUGACAGAGUCUACGUAUUGUGUGCUGCGGGCUCGUGUGAAAACACGUGCUACCCUUCCAUCUGGCGGGACAGGCUACGCGUUGUCGACGGCUCCAGGGUCGACACUUGUCUUAACCUAACGGAUAAAGAGACGCAUUUUCACCGUGCGACAUUAUCGCACGGCGCAAUCGUUGCUCACGCGAGGCAGUCGAACCUGCCGCACGUCGCCAUCGUGGAGGGAGACGCAAAGUUCGUUGAUCCCACCGAAUCCUCCUACGACGUCCAGCGGUCGAUCACCUCCGUCCGUCGUCUUCUUCAAGAGACAAAAAUGAGCGAAAGAUCCGCGUUCACGAUCAUCCGCCUCGGCUACCGCGCGUGGGAGUUUGAGAGGGGCGCUGGAAAAACAGCGUGUCCACACGGUUGCGGUUGCCGCUUUUCACCCUCGGAGGGCAAAGCCGCCUACUGCGUCGUCACCCGCGCACAAUGCGACCUCCGGGGUUCACACGCCUACAUUAUCGGUAGGGACGUGUACGACCUCAUCCUCGAACCGGUGCUCGUGAAGCACCCUCGAGAAUCCAGAGUGAUCGACUUUAACGUCCUCCAGCGAUUUCCGCAGCAAGUCGUCAUGUCGCCCAUGCUCGCCGUGCAGUCAUCCGCCGUGGGCGACUUCUUGGGCGAGCGCGACCAGCUCACCGUGGCCGACGCCUUCACCCACACCUGCGCCGUGCGUUAA